UGGAUUUAUACAUAAAUAUAUUCUUAAUGCUUAAAUGGCUGGAAAUCCUGCAAGAAGAGGCCUAUUUGAACGUUUCAAUGCUUCUUGUAGUUCAGAUUUGGGACCACUUGGUUCAAACUGGUUUGAAAAACUGACAGCAGAGGCUUUUGCACGUUGUGAACAGGAAAGCGACGCAGACCCUCGAAACUAUAAAACCGAUUGUGACACAAAAGAUUAUUUCAGUACACCAUGGCAGAAACUGACUUUAGACAGCCAGAUGGCAUCUACACCAAAAAUAUUCAAAGGACAAGGCAUUUUGUCACCUGAAACAUUUACUACGGAACAAGAGUGGGUCACGUUGGAAAGAGGAGCUCUUACAAAAUCACAAAGAAAACAGUUUAAUGAUGACACAAGCCCUUGUUUAAAUGCUUCGUCAAAAGAAAGCCCAGCAUUUUUAAGAAAUAUUUGUAAAUCACCUUGGCGUGCUAAUAACUAUGAUGCUGUUGGAUGCCUUUUGGACACACCAAAAAUCUAUUUGGUUGACGCUGCAAAUCGGAUUUCUGAAAGUCUAGGAGUAACUGUGGAUCCAGACAUGUCAUGGAGUAGUUCCUUAAACACGCCUACGACUAUGACACCUACGCUUAUACUGUCUAAGGCAAAAGAGGAUAUUUGUCAAAAAAGGUCUUCUGAGGAGGAACCUAGUACUUUUGUGCGCAAACUCUUCCCCUACCAAACCAGUACAGCUGAUUCUGGGUCCAAUGUAAUCCCUGUCUCACGUGAAAAUGAACAAAAAAUCAGCACUUUUAUCAAAAGCUAUGAUUUGAAUGAGGAAUCGGACUGUUUGAACACAAGUGAAAGCUUUGAAGGUGAAGGACAAGGCGCUGCAAGUACACCUUGGAAACAGACACUACCGGAUGCCCUGCAGGAUGGGGAAGUACGCAAGACUGUUGCUAGUGUGCUUCACGGAGCCGAAGAUGUUUUGUCAGUAUUUUUUAGAAACAGUACUAAUUCAGGACUAAGGCGGGUGACGUCCAGAAAUAGCAGGAAGGGGGAAUCGAACUGUUCACUGAAAAAUGUUCAGUUGAAAUUGCCUUCAGCUGCAGUGACACAAUCCUGUGAAGAGGCUGGCUUGUCUGUAGCACUUCAGAAAGAAGGUCCACAUAUAACAAAAGUGACAGAUUGCGCUGAUUUUGUUAAACAAAGUCAGUCUGAAGUCAGAAUCUCUGAAAACAUAGAAUGGUCGCAGCUAAGCAUUUCAGAAUUAAAUGCUACUCAGCUUGAGAAAACGGGCUACAAUGUACCUUGCUCAUCAAAAACUAAUGAACCCUGUGAAAAAGAAAUAAACACAGACUCCCUUGCAAGAUCUGUAGAAAAUGCCUGUAGCCCUGCACAAAUUGAAGUUUUAUCUAUAAAUGAAACAAUUUUGAACAGCUCAGAUGUAAUCUGUGGUAAAUACAUUAAGACAAAUGAAACUGGUACUGUGUUUCAUAAUGAAGCGAACACAUCAGAUCGUACAAGUGCAGUGCUGUUAAAGCAACUCCCUGAAUACUCCCCAACAGAUUUGCUGCUGUUAACUAUCCAGAUGCCUGAAAUAAAAGAACAAACUGAAAAGAAAGAUGAAGAUGUGGAAAUGAAAGAAAAUGAUUUGCUGCAAAAUGUUCAAAUGUUUACAGAUGUUCCUUCAGAUAAUGUUGAUCCUUUAAAACAAGAACAGCUGCUGUUGUGUAACGGUUCAGCAAUGUCAACAACAAAGAAACCCCCUAGGAAAUGUAUUUACUCCGUUCAGGACCCUCUCAACACUGAUGAACCCAAACUUACUGCAGGCCAGAGCGAUUCAUGCAAAUUGUCAGCUGCUGCUGCUUCUACAGAUUUGUCAUGUAAAGAAACACCUGCAGCUAUUGUACCCAUUUCAGCUGAAACCAAAAGCAAAGCCAAAAUGAAUGGGUGUUUUAAUAACCAAGCAAACCCAGAAGUUUCUGCUGAUGAAGUUACUGCAAUACUUCCUCUAACAGCUAAAUACUGUGAGGUUUCUCACCCUUCAGUUAAUCACAGUGAUGUAAAUCAUUCUAUAACUGCCUCAAGCAGUAGGGGUCAUCCUCACAAUAAAGUACAACAUACAGUGUCAGUGAUUGCAUGCUGUUCAGCAGCUGAAUGUUUAAGGAAUAAAUCUGUGACCAAUCAGUUGCAGGCUUCAAAAUCUGAUCAAGAAAGUAGGAUGAUAGAAACAAAUUUUAAACAUGAUCAUCCUGUGGUGCUGCCAUCUGAUAUUUCUGAGAAUUACCUCAUUGAUGAUAUCCAUAACAGCAAAAAAGGCUCUCGAUCAGCUGAACUGAACCAGUAUGGGACUAAAUCUAAUAUAGAGAAAAGAAGAGCAAAAGAAAAACAGAAAGAAACCACAUUUGCUCAUUUUAAUACUGCUAGCAAUAAGAUAAUGUUGGUGUCUAACAGAGCUAUUGAAAAUGUUAAUACUCUACUGGAUGAGGUUUCUGCAGAUACUGUAAUGGAUAUGUCCAACCCUGAAGAAUCAGCAUCUUUCAAAACACAACACCAAGCUCCAUGCAAGGACUCUUUCAGUGAAUGCAUUGAUUUGUCAGGAAAUGGCAUUGUGAGAAACACAAUGUCAGAUCAUUUGUCAGUAUCUUUGGACGGAUCCAGUGGUCUUUCUUUUCUAAGCCAUGGCUCUUCCAGUUUCUCAGGUUUUAAAACCGCCUCUAACAGCACUAUACACUUGUCUUCAACAAACCUUGAGAAAGCCAAGUUGUUGUUUAAGGAAAUUGAUGAUUCUUCAGACAGUAGGAGCUUUGAGAAGAAAGAAGUGAAAUAUCUUUGCAGUGAAGCUGAAGUAACAAUAAUAGAAUUCCCAACGCAAACUGAUCAAAUCAGAAGCCCUUGUGAGCAAAUUGCAAAUAAACAAAACAUACCUGAAGCAAGUGGUAUUUUAACAGCUAGUCAAAAAGCAGAAGUUGCAGAACUAUGCUGUUUUUUGGAAGAAGCUGAUAGCCAGAUUGAGUUUACACAGUUUAGGAAAGCAAAAAAGGCUGCACAUGAUACUGGUGAAGACCUGUCUUGCAGUACCAAUGACCCAGAGCUUGCUUGUUCUCACGCAGAUAUUUCUGAUAUAUUAAAAGGUGUUGAUUUUGAUGAUAGUUUUAACACAGGCUAUGAAGAACAGUCUAUUCUAAAUCCAGUGUUGGACAAAAAGACAACAAACAAUUAUUUCCCUGAGGAAGUCUCUGUUUCAACCUUUUCCUCAGACGGACAUUUUGACUUGCCACAUUUUGAUGGAUUUUACACAGCUAAUGGAAUGAAGAUAAAUGCCUCAAAGGAGUUUCUUAAAAAAGGGACAUGUUUCUUUGAUGGUAUUGAUGUUGGCUGUGUUCCACUGAAGAAACCUGCAUUUGAUUCUGAUAUGAAAGUUACAGACCUUUCAGUUGGUUUACCUGUUGAUAAGAUGGUGGAUGCUGGUAAUACUUCCAAAGUAAUACAGCAAACUGUUUCCAAAUAUCACCAUUGUGAACAAUUGGAAGUUGGGACUAUAAAGAAAGAAGGUCUAUUAGAAGGUUUUCACACUGCUAGUGGUAGGAAGUUCAGCCUUUCAAAAGAAGCUGUGGAUAAAGCAAAUGCUUAUUUUGAAGAAUGUUUUACUGAAAAUGAAAGUAAAUAUAGUCCUGAAAUGCUAGAAAGGAAACAUGCUUCUGAUCCUAAAGAAUAUUAUGGUACUGGAGUUGCCACAGGAUCAAACCAAACUACCUCAGGAGUAUCACUUGAUACUCCUUAUACUGUAAUUUUAAGAGAUGAUUUGCAGACCGUGAAAGGCAAAAUAAACAUUACCAAUGAACAAAGUUUAGCUUUUGUAAAUCAGGACUUUAUAGGGGCACAAAUGUGUGAUGGUGGAAUUGAUGGUUUUACAACUCUUAGUGGUAAGAGAGAUACAGUCCAACAAGAUUCUGAGGCCAAAGCUGGAGCUUUGUUUUCUGAUGAAUACCAGCUUCUCAAGACUGGUCAUGGAAACUGUUUCAAUAACCCUGAAGGAUUUAUAACUGAGGAUGCUAUGAUCACUCCCAAGAACACUAGAUCGGUGAUUGCCAGUACUGGUAAAAGACCAGCCUUUCACACCGUCAAAGACAAAAGUGAUUUUGUCAUAUAUUCUGAGGCAAAGAAAACUGAUCAGCGAAGUGAAUUGGUUUCAAAAGUGAAUACAGUCACUUCAAACUAUAUGCAUUCAUGUGGAUUUCAAACUACUGGAGGAAAAUUUGUCUCAGUUACAACAGAAGUAACAAGAGAUAAAGAUAUGUUUAAAGAUGAAUACCUGGACAGUAAACUAAACAAAAACACUGCAGAAUCAGCAGCAAUUUCAAAUGUUCUUAAUGGGUCUGAAUUUAAAACACUGCAAUUGUAUAGGCCAGAUUCUAAAUUGCAAUAUGAUCUCAAUUCCAAAAUAGAUUUUUCAAGAAAAUUGAAGCAUAUGCUGUCUGAACAAAACAGAACUAUGAACGUAGAAGAAACAAACAGUCCAGACUAUAACUUCCCUUCUAAUCAGCCUACAAAUUAUUCUGACAACUUGCUGGUCUCUUCCAUCAGUAUAAGACCAUCAAAUACAGACCAACAAGAACAUUGCCUGUUUAGCACAAGUAUGGAUUUAAGCAGUUGUCAAGAUGCCUCCUUUGAAAACACUACUGCCAGUAAAGAUUCAACUUUGGAAGCAGAGGCAAUUAAACGCUCACAAAGAGAUCUUGAUACUGGUGUCGUUUUAACAAGUCAACCUUGUGGAUUUGCAACUGCCAGUAGAAAAGUUGCAGUUAGUUUGCAAUCUCUAAAAAAUGCAAGAGAAAAUCUGUCUGACUUAGAGUUGGGGAGUGAGGAAUUCGGGGAAGAUGAUUCAUUUACCAAAAGUUUAGAAACUCUGCAAACAACCAAUAUUUCUGUUCAAAAUCAAACCAAAAAAGACUGUGCUGAGUUCAGUACCGCUAGUGGGAAGAAGGUGUCUGUUUCUGAAAAAGCAUUUGGGGACGUUACUCCCAUAUUAGGAGAAUUGGAUAGAUAUUUUUCCAAUGAUCUCGGUACCAACUUCCUAGAAGAAACUACAAAAGCAACGAGUUCUGGACUGAACACAAAAGGCUCUUCUGGGUUCAGCACUGCUAGUGGGAAGAGGGUGUCUGUCUCUGAAAAGGCACUUCAGGAUGCCAAAACAGUGCUAAAAAACUGUGACGAAACUGUAACAAGUAAUCUCAGUACCAACCUAAAGGAAGAAAUGCCGAAAGCAACACGUUCUGGACAAAACACAAAAGGUUCUUCUGGGUUCAGCACUGCUAGUGGGAAGAGGGUGUCCGUCUCUGAAAAGGCACUUCAGGAUGCCAAAACAGUGCUGAAAGACUGUGACGAAACUGUAGCAAGUAAUCUCAGUACCAACCUAAAGGAAGAAAUGCCGAAAGCAACACGUUCUGGUCAAAACACAAAAGGUUCUUCUGGGUUCAGCACUGCUAGUGGGAAGAGGGUGUCUGUCUCUGAAAAGGCACUUCAGGAUGCCAAAACAGUACUAAAAGACUGUGAUGGACCUGUAACUAGUAAUCCCAGUACCAACCUAAAGGAAGAAAUGCCAAAAGCAACACGUUCUUGUCAAAACACAAAAGGCUCUUCUGGGUUCAGCACUGCUAGUGGGAAGAGGGUGUCUGUCUCUGAAAAGGCGCUUUGGGAAGCUAAAACAAUGCUAAAAGACUGUGAUGAAACUGUAACUAAUGAUCUCAAUAUCAACUUCACAGAACAAACUGUAGAAGCAACGCAUUCUGGACAAAACACAAAAGACUGUUAUGGGUUCAGUACAGCUGGUGGAAAGGGUGUGUCUGUUUCUAAAAAAGCAUUUCAGGAAGCUAAAGCCAUGCUAGAAGAAUUGGAUGGAAACGUUACCAGUGAUUCAAGUACCAGCUUCAAAGAAGAAAUUGCACAAGCAACCAGCCAUUCUUCUGGGUUUAGUACAGCUAGCGGAAAGAGGGUUUCUGUUUCUGAAAAAGCAUUUCAAGAAGCGAAAACUGUGUUAAAAGAAUUUGAAGAAAGUAGCAGUGACUCUAAAUCACUUAGUUCAGAACGUCAGAUCAGUAAUAUAAGUAAGACAGAGGGAGAAGUAGAUGCUGAAAGCAGGCAGAUGAACACUAAGUAUAAGGAACCUCACAACAACGAACAAACACCAAAAGAAUUUGGCUAUUUAAGGUCAUCAAAACAAGCAAAUAAAACGUCAUCUGUACUGCAAAUGAACAAAGAAAAAACAAUUAAUGCGGUGACAACAGCAUCAGGUGUUAAAAAUAAGAUUUUGGAAGCUGCUGUUUCAGACCAUCAAUCUAGUCUCCCCAAAGAUGGGUCAUCAUCGCUGCUUAAUUUACACACCGAUUGUCUUAAUGGAUGUACUGAAACCCAGCAGAGAUACAUAGAGCAAGAAGCCAUGGAGUGCACCAAGGCUUUGAUGGAUGAUGUGGACCUGACUGAUGAAAAACUUCUUCCCAUCCAAAGGAAUCAAACUGGCAGAACCGCUGGUGUUAAUGAAACAAGCUGCCUGUCGUCUUUGGUGAAAAGUUUUAGAAAUGGAAAGAGAAUCAGAUCUGAAGGACAAGAUUUAAAAGAAGAACCACCAUUUAAAAGACAACUAUUGGCCGAAUUUAACAGCAGCGUUGAACAAGGAAAACAUUUUAUGAAAAAAGCAUUUUUCAGCAGUCCAGCUGCACUAAAUGACCGAAGAACAUUCACAUAUAGUGUCCCUCUCAAGCCAAUAGUCACUCAUCCCUUCAGUUAUGGAGAAAGCACUGGACAUAAUGGCCAGACGUCAAAGAGAUUUGAACCACAGAGUGUUGUUCCUGAUAAGCCAUUCCACGAAGCAAAAACUGUCAGAACUGCUGUGUUUGUACCUCCAUUUCGCACACAUUCAAAUUCCGAAAUUCCCAGGAGCAGCACUUCACAGGAAGCUAAUGGAGCGGCAAGCACUUUUGUCCCUCCCUUUAAAAUAAAACAAGCCUCACAGGUGUUGAAACAGAAUUCUGUGGGCAUUAACCAAGCCAAUGAUAAUAAGCACAGAAACACUACCUUCCAGGAAGCUAAUGAAGAGCCCAGAACAUUUGUCCCACCCUUUAAAACAAAACAAGGCUCUUCAAAAGAUUGUGAAUAUACUGCAGAUGCAUUUCUUGACAUACCUUGGACAAGUAAUGAGCAGGAGACUGUCACAGACAUGACAAAUGCAGUUGAUAAAACGGGAAAUGGUAUGCUUGUGAGCACCCCCGCACCCCCACAACCGUCAACCUCAGAAGACCUUGAAACAGAUGAUGAACAAAUGGUUCAAAAUCUUCACUGUGCAAGGGAUAUGCAAGAAAUGAGGUUGAGGAAGAAAAAGCGGCAAAACAUUAGGCCCUGGCCAGGAAGCCUUUUCAUGGCAAAAACGUCUGGAGUUGCAAGGAUAUCCGUGCAUACAGCUGUAGAUGCGAAACCCCCUGCUUUUUAUUCAGCUGAACAGUUGUACAGAUUUGGAGUUAGUCGACAUACGUUACAAAUAUGUAGUGAGAAUGCAGAAUCCUUCAGAUUUGACUGCAGAGAUUACUUCAGCAGAGCUCUCAUUAAAGCUGGUAAUGGAGUGCAACUUGCUGAUGGAGGACAGCUAAUACCUAAUGACAAAGGAACAGCAGGCAAAGAAGAAUUCUACAGAGCCUUGUGUGAUACCCCUACAGUUGAUCCAAAGCUUAUUAGUGAACGCUGGGGCUAUAACCACUUCAGAUGGAUUGUGUGGAAACUGGCAGCCAUGGAAAAAGCCUUCCCCAAGGUGUUUGGAAGCAAGUGUCUGACACCUGAACGACUACUUCUUCAGCUUAAGUACAGGUAUGAUGUGGAAAUUGAUAAGAGCCAGAGAUCUGCAAUAAAGAAGAUAACCGAAAGGGAUGAUACAGCUGCAAAGACUCUGGUGCUCUGUGUUAGUAAAAUACUAUCAACAGGCUCAAAACCCGUUCCACAUAGCAACAGAAAGUGUGAUAACGGUGCCACCCCGAACAAAGACCUCAAGAAGGAAGUGCCGGUUGGUGUAAUAGAAGUAACAGAUGGAUGGUAUGGCAUUAAUGUUCUGUUAGAUCCUCCACUUGUAGCGCUGCUGCAGAAAGGAAAGCUGGCCGUUGGUAAUAAGAUUGUGACACAUGGAGCCGAGUUGGUUGGUUCUCAGGAUGCCUGCACACCCCUAGAAGCUCCUGAAUCUCUUAUGCUUAAGAUUUCAGCAAACAGUACUCGGCCUGCUCGCUGGUAUGCCAAGCUUGGGUUUCACCGUGACCCUCGGCCUUUCAGGCUACCAUUAUCAUCUCUUUACAGUGAUGGUGGGACGGUUGGAUGUGUUGAUGUAAUCAUCCUUAGAAGUUAUCCUAUACAGUGGAUGGAGAAGAAGCCAAAUGGAGUAUAUUUGUUCCGCAAUGACCGAGCAGAAGAAAGAGAGGCACAACGACAAGAUGAAAGUCAACAGAAAGAAAUGGAAGCCCUUUUUACAAAACUACAAGCUGAAUUUGAAAAUGAACAUGAAGCAAAAUGCAAAAGCAAAGACAAGAAAAGGCAGAGGUUUAGCAGGCAGCAAAUCCAGUCUUUACAGGAUGGUGCAGAACUGUAUGAGGCAAUCGAGAGCUCAAGCGAUCCUGGCUACCUUGAGGCCUGCUUAACUGACCAGCAGCUCAAAGCUUUGAGCAAUCAUAGACAAGUAAUAAAUGAACAAAAACAAGCCAAACUUCAGGAAGAGUUCAGAAAAGCUUUAGAAUCUGCAAAGGAGGGUGAAAACGGUUGCUCCAGAAGAGAUGUUACUCCUGUUUGGAAAUUGCAGGUUGUGGAUUGCAGAGAUCUUCAAAGUGACAGAGCCUACAUGUUAAAUAUCUGGCGCCCAAUGCUGGAGCUACGUUCUUUAAUAAAAGAAGGUUGUAGAUAUAGAAUUUACCAGCUUUCAACAUCACAGUCCAAGGGACUAUCUGGCAGCUGUGUUGUACAGUUAACAGCCACCAAGAAAACACAGUUUCAGCAGCUGCAGGCAUCACCAGAAAGCCUGUCCCUGCUCUACCGUCCUAGGCAGGCUGUGAACUUCAGGUUGCUUUCAGACCCGUUGUUCCAACCACCCUGUGCAGAGGUGGACUUGGUGGGUUAUGUGAUCUCUAUUGAAGGAAAACAAGGUGGUGCCCCAGUGAUAUAUCUAGCUGAUGAAAAUCAGAAUCUUGUAGCACUGAAGACAUGGACAAGUCUGAAGCAACUAGCAGCUGAGGAUAUUGUGAAGCCAUUGACCUUACUGGCGGCAAGCAAUCUGCAGUGGAGACACAGUAAAGCAGCAGUUAUUCCGACAGUAUAUGCCGGGGAUCUUUCUGUUUUUUCUACAAGUCCCAAAGAAGUUUAUCUACAAGACGCUUGCUUACGACUGAAGAACACUGUGCAGGAUAUUCAGCAUUUCUGUAAAGAAUGUGAGCAGAAACUCGAAAGCAUAAAAACAGAUGGUGCAAGUUCAUUGCAUUCCCCAAGGGAAUUUUGCACCAAUCCAAAAAGGCCUAAUUGCAAAUCAGAGAUCAGAAAUCUGGUGCCUUCUUGUUUGGACAACAAGACUCCACAGCCGUCCAUUUACGUGUUUAAUUCCCCAGCCUGCACGAAAUCAACCCCAUGUGUUGGAGUUGCUGAAAAUCAGGACCCUAAAAGCCUAAAGAGGAGAAGAGGAUUGGACUUUCUCUCUUGCAUCCCGUUACCGCCUUCAGUCACCCCAGUGAGGAAUUUUGUCUCUCCAGCCAUUAAUAAAGCUUUUCGGCCUCCAAGGAGAUGUGAAACACCAGUAACCAAUAAAAAUCCAGGAGUUACUCUUGACAACAGUGAAACUACACCUUGUAAGACACUGGCUAUUCCCAACCCAUUUGCAGGGGAUGAAUGGGUGGAUGAUGAGGAACUUGCAAUGAUUAAUACGCAGGAACUGCUGAAUGGUUCAGGGGAGGACAUCAAAGGGAAAAGUAAUAUCAGAGAUGCUACGACUUCAAGAAGCACUUUGAUACAGAGUGACUGUUUUCAGAACAACUUCUCAGUAGACGAACCAGCUCCAGAAAGAGGGCUUGAAAGUAGACAAAGUGUUGGCGCUCAAGAAAAUAAAAGCUACAAACCACCAGAAACCACAAUUUCAGCUCCUGAAAAUGGUAACCAAGAUGAAGCAUUGCAAAACAGUGAGCAAAAUAAAAGUGCUGACCCUUUGCUCUGUCGGCAAAAACUCCAAACGAGAAAAAAACGAAAGCGUUGACACUUUUUUGUACAAAGACAAUCUGCAGUUAUACCUUUUGUGUCUUUGUAUAUACAUUUCACUGUAAAUAUAGAUUUUAAGGCGAAUCUGUAUUUGUUUGGAUUUAAAGUAUAUAUGUAAUUGUUGUAAAUAUGGUUGUUACGUAACUUAUUUAUGCACAGAACAUUUUUCAUACAUAGAAAAUAUAGUAUGGGAUACAGCACUACAAGCUUGUAAUGUGCAACGUGAACUUUCUCAAGAUCCAGGCUUUCUAUCACCAAUACUGUCCUUUUAUUUCUCUCCAGCAAGUAUUGGGAUACAGCAUGGCUUGUAUUUAAGCAGUGACAAGGUGUUAUGAGGGCUCUUGCACAUAUGCAUCCUGUCAUUUUGAAAUACGUUGUUGUUAUUAAGUGCUAUUUAUGAUUAUACGUUUGUGGUAUUUUAAUUGCCAUUUGAAAUAAGAUUAUUAUUAUUAGUAGUAGUCGUAGUAGUGGUGGUGGUGUUGUGUGAAACCUUAAGCAUCAGUAAACUUAAAAUCCAUGGAACUACACUGGCAUAUACUAAAGAGCUGGAGUAAAUAAUUUCCCCCCUAGCGGCUAUGGUGGAGAGUAAUUAAACAUUUAAAUAAAAAUAAAUACUAUACCUUUUGAAUUGUGUUUUUCAAGUAUAUUAGUUUACUACUCCAAUCCCUAUAUGCACGCACAAUUUCACCAAAGUCCAAAAACAAACAAGUGCUUUGAUUAAAAAAAGAUCCGCAUGUAUUCCUAAUUUGCAUAUAAUAUUAUAGGUCUGAACAACGUAUAUCAAUUGCAUUUUGCAUAGUAAUGCCUUACAUUUCCCAGAAAGCUUGGUUCUGUGUAUAGUACCUCAGCAGAGUUUUCUUCAACCCCGGUUCCUGUUAAAAUACCACAACACAAUAGUAGAACGCCUUGCCUUGACCUACUACCACUUGUUGAAACCCUGGUAUAUGUAUGGAUAAACUGGUGUUUCCCUGUACUGUUUAUCCCCAUACUCCGAGAUUCUCAUUCAUUUAUGGUAAACAAUGUUGAAACUAAGUUUGAUUACAGUAAGGAUAA